AUGAACCAGACCCUGAACAGCAGCCGGAACCCGGAGCAGGCUCUGAGCGGUUCCGAGGUCGACGCGCUGCACGUGGUCUACCUCGCGGCCAGUUCCCUGGCCAUGUUCACCAGCGUGUGCGGGGCGGCAGGCAACGGCGCAGUGGUCUGGCUGCUGACUGUCGGCGUACAGAGGACCCCCUUCUGCACCUACAUGCUCAACCUGGCUGUGGCCGACCUCCUCUUCCUCCUGUGCAUGGCCUCCAUGCUGACCCUGGAGACCCCGUCCCUGGCCGACUCCCACACCAAGGUCCACGAGGUGGUGAGGCGGGUGAUGUACUUCGCCUACACCGCCAGCCUGAGCCUGCUCACGGCCAUCAGCGUCCAGCGCUGCCUGUCCGUCCUGUUCCCCCUCUGGUACAAGUGCCGCCGCCCCAGGCACCUGUCCACCGUGGUGUGCUCCCUGCUCUGGGCGCUGGCCCUCCUCAUGAACACCCUGACCACUCUCUUCUGCCUCAGGUUCUGGCGGCACGACGAAGGCCGCUGCUUCACGGUGGACACGGCCAUGGGCACCCUCAUCAUGGGGGUCUUCACGCCUGCCAUGACCGUGUCCGGCAUCACCCUCUAUGUCCGGGUGCGGAGAAGCGCCCUGCUGUGGCGGCGGCGGCCCCGGCGGCUGCUGGUGGUCAUCCUGGCCUCCAUCUUGGUCUUCCUCGUGGGCUCCCUGCCGCUGGGCAUCUACUGGUUCGUGCUGUUCUGGCUGCCCCUGCCCAGGGAGGCGAAGCUCCUGUACAUCUGCUUGUCGCGCCUCUCCUCGGCCAUCAGCAGCAGUGCCAACCCCGACAUCUACUUCCUGGUGGGCAGCCGGAGGACCCGGAGGCUGGCCGAGUCCCUGAAGGUCGUGCUGGGCCGGGCGCUGCAAGAGGAGCCCGAGCCCGAGGGAAGGGAGACGCCGUCCAYGGGACCCAGCGAGGGGCUCUGA